CUUGAAAAGUGAAUGAACGUAUAAACCCCUGGUAAAUUAUUAUGUUUUUGCUAGAGCUAUGGAGCUCAUUUCCUCGCCGACCCAUUUCGUCUCGUCGACCGAGUCACCGGAAUUCACUCACUUCACAUCGUCUCUAACUCAUUCAUUACUCAUCGGACUCGACGCGGAAUGGAAGCCUGUUAAAACUCAUCAAUCAACUUUUCCGACCGUUUCUCUCCUCCAAAUCGCUUGCCGACUCAAUUCAGAUGACACUGAGUCGGUGGUGUUCUUACUCGACCUAUCAACGAUUCCUCUUUCUUCAAUCUACGAGUUGCUAAAACAAGUGUUCGAGUCGCCUAAUAUCUUGAAAUUAGGGUUUAGGUUUAAGCAAGACCUCAAGUAUUUGUCUUCCACUUUUGUGUCUCAAGGAUGUGAUCUCGGCUUCGAAAAGGUGGAGCCGUAUUUAGAUAUCGUAAGCGUAUAUGGUGCAUUACAAAAUAAACAAAAAGGAAGAGAGUUACCGAAGCAAAAUAAGAGCUUGGCUGCUAUUUGCAAGGAUGUGCUCGGCAUUUCUCUUUCCAAGGAGCUUCAGUGUAGUGAUUGGUCGUGUCGUCCUCUAUCAGAAGAGCAAAUUCAGUAUGCAGCUGCAGAUGCACAUUGUUUGCUUAUGAUAUUUGAUGUCCUGCGGUGCAAGUUUUGUAAAGAAGAUAUUCAUCCUUACAAUGUAAAACUUGGACUGAAGCUUAUUAUGGAGCAGCCUGUUACUUGUAAUGUGAUUAUAAAGACCAGGUUCUGCAAUGCUUUAGACAUGGUUCAAGCUACAAUUACUGAGUUUCCUCAGAUAAUACCUGCCAUCCAGGAUUCUCAUUUAAGUAGGCUAUCAGAAAGUCACAAAGCUAUUGAUGACACAGUCCUGCGAAUUAUUAGAAGAUAUGGUGACAAAAUUGUGUUGAAGCUAUCUGAUAGAAAUCCCAAAGGGUCUAAAAAGAAGGGGAAAAAACAAACCUCUUCAUAUAACAAAGAAAAGAGAUCAGAAGUUAUUGAGGAAUGGGAAGGCCCUCCUCCAUGGGAUAUGUCAUUGGGAGGGGAUGGAUGCCCUAAAUUUUUAUGUGAUGUGAUGAUUGAAGGCUUGGCUAAACAUCUAAGAUGUGUUGGAAUAGAUGCUGCAGUUCCCUACACCAAAAAGCCUAAUACAAGAGACUUGAUAGAACAAGCAGACAAAGAGAAACGGGUUCUCUUAACACGAGAUGCAAAGCUUUUGAGACAUAAGUAUCUGAUACAAAACCAGAUAUAUCUGGUGAAGAGUCUCCUGAAAAAUGACCAGCUAGUUGAGGUAAUUCAUACAUUUCAACUAAAUAUUAGUGAAGAUAAGCUGAUGUCAAGGUGCCCAAAGUGUAAUGGGAGGUUCAUCCAAAGACCUCUGUCAACUGAGGAAGCAAUUGAAGUUGCAAAGGGUUUCCAAGUGAUUCCUAAUUGCCUGUUUAACAAGAAUGUAGAGUUUUGGCAGUGCAAAGACUGCAACCAACUUUACUGGGAGGGAACUCAAUACCACAAUGCUGUGCAAAAGUUCAUUGAUGUAUGCAAGCUAAACUGACAAGUUUGUGACUGUAAUUGUGUGACAACAUAAGUGAAGAGAGAGCUGUGAUAAUAUAAGUGGUUUUUUUUUUUUUUUUGACAAAUAUGGCUUAUAGCCUUACAAAUGAAUAUCUGUUCUACAGAAUUCUCGGAAUGAGUCAAGGUCGAACCCAAGACCUGGGACGACAGAGGAUAAGCUCUCAAUCACUUGAGCCAACCACUUGAGCUAUAAGUGUUUUUGUAUAUGACAAAUUUUCAAAUCUUAUGAACCCUGUUAAGAGUUUCCCGCGAACCUUAUGAACCUGUCAA